AUGUCACCUUCACUUUAUUAUCCUGUUACUACUACCUUCAAAAACGAGGUAGAAUAUCUUGACAAUGAUGAAAAUCCAUUAAUGGGUUGUUAUGCUUCUUUGUAUCCAAAUUUGCCUAUUUUGGAAAAGAGUGCUACUUCAUCAUGGAUUCUUCCUUUUCCUGAUCAUGAAACCGAAACCAUUAGGGAUAACAAGAAGGUGAAAAGAUCAACCGUUACUAUCCCUAUUUGGUUUGCGAAUUUCAGCAGCCAUAGUAAUAGUUUCUUCAACAGUAUAAACAGAAGCAACAGUGUGAAUAGCAUUCCAAGGCUUCAUUUUAGAGAUCACAUAAGGACUUAUAAGCAAAGAUAUUUUGCUGCUGAAGCGGUUGAAGAAGCUGCAGAAGAGAGUUUCAACUACAAUAACUGUGAAGCAGAAGAAGAUGGUUCAUGUGCUGAUGGAAUGAGACUAGUUCAGCUUCUGAUUGCAUGUGCUGAAGCGGUGGCGUGUCGGGACAAAUCGCACGCUUCGGUUUUGUUAUCUGAACUUAAAUCGAAUGCUUUGGUGUUUGGUUCGUCGUUCCAGAGAGUUGCUUCUUGUUUUGUUCAAGGAUUAAUAGAGAGACUAACUCUGAUUCAACCUAUUGGUAACAAUUCUGUUGGAUUAGAUGCGAAAUCGAUGAUGAACAUAAUGGAUGCAGCUUCAGAAGAAAUGGAAGAAGCAUUCAAGUUGGUUUAUGAGAUAUGUCCACAUAUUCAGUUUGGACAUUUUGUGGCUAAUUCCAUAAUAUUGGAAGCCUUUGAGGGUGAGAGUUUUGUUCAUGUGGUUGACCUUGGCAUGAGUCUAGGUCUACCACACGGACACCAAUGGCGAGGACUAAUUCAAAGUCUCGCGAAUCGAUCUGGUAGCCAACGUGUUCUUCGUAGGCUUAGGAUCACGGCGGUUGGUCUAUGCAUUGCUAGAAUCCAAGUCAUUGGUGAAGAACUCUCAAUUUACGCGAAAAACUUGGGGGUUCAUUUGGAAUUCUCAAUUGUGGAGAAGAAUUUGGAGAAUCUGAAACCCGAAGACAUAAAAGUGAAUGAAAAAGAGGUUCUUGUGGUUAACAGCAUUCUUCAAUUGCAUUGUGUGGUUAAAGAGAGCCGUGGCGCGUUGAAUUCGGUUUUACAAAUGAUCCACGGUCUUUCGCCAAAAGUGUUGGUGAUGGUUGAGCAAGAUUCAGGUCACAAUGGACCUUUUUUUCUUGGUAGGUUUAUGGAAUCAUUGCACUACUAUUCUGCUAUUUUUGACUCAUUGGAUGCUAUGCUACCAAAAUAUGAUACCAAGAGAGCAAAAAUGGAACAGUUUUAUUUUGCUGAGGAGAUAAAGAACAUUGUGAGCUGUGAAGGGCCAUUAAGGAUGGAGAGGCAUGAGAAAGUUGAUCAAUGGAGGAGGAGAAUGAGUAGGGCUGGAUUUCAAGGUUCACCUAUUAAGAUGGUGGUUCAAGCUAAACAGUGGCUUUUGAAGAACAAGGUUUGUGAUGGAUACACUGUUGUGGAAGAGAAAGGGUGUUUGGUUCUUGGAUGGAAAUCAAAGCCUAUUGUUGCAGUUUCUUGCUGGAAAUGUUGA